AUCGGCUUCUGCACGGUUUCUGCACGGCUUUUUCAUGGUUGUCUCGGGAAUGCACCGACUUUGGUUGACUCUAGGAAACACGCGCUCUGCUACCAUUGCCGACGAUGGCCGAGCCGUAGCUGCAGAAGACAUGUGGGACACCCCUCGAGGCAUCGGCAACUUUAGCGCCGACGGAGUCUUUGGCAAGGGCCCAGACGCUGCGUCCCAGUCGGCUGCACAUGGUGCCGGGACGUUCUUGGCCAAAAUAAGCACCUCUCCCGGCAAGGCAGCUGGGCACGGUGUGUCCGAAGAAUCCAGACCGGACGGCAAGCCUCUCUUUGCCGAUCCCGAGGACUUGGAUCCCAAUGCGGCCGGGCCCGGUUCGCAGAAUCUUGCUGCCAACAGACGAAUGCCAGAUCUCUGGAACCCCACCCAGAGCCAACCGGCUUCCAAGUAUGCCAAUCUGUUUGACCAGCCCUGGAUCAAAGGAGCCAAGCCCGAGGCCGACAGACUCGCUGCAGCUUCGACUCCGGCUCCGGCCCCGGCACCGGCUCCGGCCAAUUAUUUGAACUUGCUCCAGCCAUCCUGGGCUGGCACGACCCCAGGAGCCGGUGCCGCUGCAGAUCCAGGACUGGGUGCGGCCGGGAGCCCUGCCGUCGCUGUGGGGCCCGAUCCCGGUGGUAUCAGCGCCAGCUUUACGUCGAGCCUCACGCUUGAAUCUCGGCACACGCCUGUGCUGGGCAACUCGGCCGUUAACAGCCCUCGCUCAGUUGGAUCCAAGCCAGAGCCGCCCGCAUCUCUCACGCCUCCCGUCGUUGCCGCAACCUUUGCCCCGACGGCCUGGCAAUACAAGGAUCCCAACGGAAACGUCCAGGGCCCGUUUUCCGUCAUGGAGAUGCACACCUGGUACCGCGGCGGAUACUUCGACCUUCAUCUGCCUGUCAAGCGUGUUACCGACCAUGGCUGGGAACUCCUCUCGACGAUCAUCCAGGUCUAUGGCCAUGAAGCCCCGUUCUUUGUCGAGCUUGAGGAGGCCGAGCGACUCUUCCACAUGUCGCGCCAGCAGCAGAUGCUGCGCCAGCAAUAUCAGCCCUACGGUGCGGGCGCCGAUCCCUUCAACCCGCUCGUCAACGACCCUGGAUACGGGUCCUAUGGUGGAUAUCGUGGGCCCUCGGCCCUGAUGGGAGGCAUGCCCUACGGAGCCGCUGCAACGGGCAUGGGCGGCCGCUACCCGCUCUUUGGCAACCCGAAUGACAGCAUCCCCAUCAACACAGGCUACGGAUGGGCCGACCCAUCUGCCGCGCUCAAUCCUUUGUGGCCCGGCGGCCGAGCCGAUGCCAACUCGUAUCUCCAUCUUGGUGUCGCGGGCGGUCAUCCGCUCCAGAGCCACUUUGCAAAUACCCCUCAGCAGUUCUACAACGAGACCCGCGAGCCCGUGCCCUCUGCUGCUCCAGAGCCAAAGCCCACUGCGCCCGUCAACCCAUCCUUUGCUGAGCCUAUUCAGCCCCCGGUUCCGGCGGGACCCAUUCAACAGAGGUUUGCGGCGCAAGUUGCUCCCGGGCCUGCCGAGCCUGCCGAGCCUGCCGAGCCUGAAGCCACCCAAGAGGAGGCCGCCGCUUCUCAAAUCGACGAAGCCGCUCCUGAGGAGCCGGUGGUAUUCGAACAGCACGAGCGUGGGCACGAGGAUGAGUACGAGCCCGAGCACGAACUCGAGACAGAGCCAGAGCCCGUUGUUGUCCAGGAGACUGCAAAGCCCCGAUCUCGUUCUUCCAGCCUAGUCAAGCGCAACCGCUCCAAGUCACCUGCCAAGUCGAUCCAGGGCGAGGCCCCCGAAGUCGCCAUCCCGGCCCCGGCCCCUGUCCCGACCGCACCCAUCUCCAAGUCCAAGAAAAAGAAGGAGGAGCGUCUCGCCAAGAAAGCAUCGAUGCAGCUCAACGCCUCGUCGCCACUCUCCCCGAACGCUGCCCCCGCCAGUCCCGCGCCGGCAUCGCCUGCUGCCCAAACCACCCCUGCUGUCGAUCUCCGUCAGAUCAUCCAGGAACAAGAGGCCCUGCACAAGAAGGAACUCGAGGAGCGCCUUGCCCAGCAGAAGCAGCGCGAAACCAAGGAGCGCGAGGAGCGCCAGCGUGAGCCUCAGGCCAAGGCCAGCGCCCCUCUUGCCUGGGCGACAGCUGAGAAGCCCAAGCUGUCGUUGAAGGAGAUCCAGGAAAAGGAGCAGCAGGAGCACGAAGCGCGCGCCCGUGAGCAGGCUCGCCUUGCCGAGCAGAUGAUCAUCCAGCAAGCACAACAGCUGCAGUACCAGGAGCAACAGGAACAGGCCUACCAGAGUAUCUUUGGCGCUUCUAACACCUCCGGUGGCAAGGGCUGGGGCGUUGUCCCCCGGUCUGUCUCCAGCGCCGCCAAGCAGUCCAAGACCCUUGCAGACAUCAUGCAGGAAGAAGAGCAAGAGCGCCAGCGCGAGAUGGAGCGCAAGAGCCAGAGCGGCGAGCAGAGUCUCGGCAGACGAUACACCGCCACAGCUGCCGCAGGCACCACCACCACCUCCAUCUUCAGUGCGACUACCACCACAACGACCACCACCGUAGCCUCGAGCGGCGUUGCCUGGGGUGGUGCUGCCGCUGCUGCCAAAACCGUUCCGUUCCCAAAGGUCGCCAGCCCCGCCACCCUGGCCGCCAGCGUCAAGCCAGCGACCGCAGCUUCCAACACCAGCAGCCCUGCCUCAAGUGACACCAAGGGCUGGAAUGUCGUCGGAGUUAAGGCCUCCCCGAUCACCCGAUCCAACACGGCCCCUGCCGCCACUGUGUCCGUGGCCACCAAGAUAGCCUCAUCGGUGCAGGUUCCCAAGACCAGCCCCUCCCAAGUUGCUCCGGCCAGCACAGGCCCCCGCAACAACAAGAAUGAAUUCUUGCAGUGGUGUCGCUCGGCUCUCCGUCCUCUCGACAGCAGCACCACUGCCGGCGUCAACGUGGAGGACUUUGUCCAGAUCCUCCUCUCCAUUCCGACCAACGAGACGGCCACCGUGGUCUCGAUCUGCGACGACACCCUCGGUGGACUCACCGCAAUCGACCCCCGCAAGUUUGCCGAGGAGUUUCAGAGACGCCGCAAGAUCGAGCAGGCGAGCGGCGCCCUUGCCGAUUCCGCCGGCUGGAACACCGUUGGCGUGAGCGCCAACAACCAGGGCGUGACUCUUGGUGGCCCAGCCAACCUCGAAGGCUUUGACACAGGCAACAAGUUUGUCGUCGUGGGCAAGAGCAAGAAAUCCAAGGGCAAGAAGAAGUAAGCGGCACUAUGCAGUGUCGGCAGAUGUUCUGCGGCCAAGGCGCUGUCAAUUCCCACUCCAGCAGGAAGAGGCUUGGCGUGGGAGAGAAGGUGUGAUGGACAGAGGCUUGCUGCGACCAGCGAUUGCGAUCGAUCAGCACCGACGUGGGAAAUGGUGCUGUCCGGAAACGCGCAUCUUUGCCCAGCCGCAGAAGGAUCCGAUCGAAUACACAUGCGCAAGCUGUCGGCGACAUCUGAGGGC